AAAUAUGUUGAUUCGUAAAUUUAUAAUAUACUUAUACCAAUUACUCUUGAACUGUAUUACUUUACAUGUGAAGGUGGCUACAGAUUGAAUGAUUCCAUACAAUGGUGACUAAUGGAGUAACACCCUACGAAUUUAAAGCAUUCCAUAUCUGUGUCAUGUUACUUAUGAGCUCUAGUCUCGGUCAUUCAUUAGUCAGUGAUCACGCCACAUUUAUUAUUGUCAUGAGGAAGAGGUAUUUGUUUGUAGGCUUGAUUGAGCCACAGCUAUGAGUACCACCCUGGAUGCAGGGCUGGGGCCGGGGUCGACCACCACCCCCAUGUUGGACCCAAACUCCACCCUGGCAAAUAACAUGACAACAACAGCAGCCCCAGAGAGGGCCAUAUCGGAUUUCUGGAUCGGCCUCAUCCUGGCCGUGAGCUCCAGCCUGUUUAUCGGGUCCAGCUUCAUCUUACAGAAACUUGGGCUAAUGAGUAUGGGCAAGAAAGAGGGAAACACUCGUGCUAGUGAGGGUGGACACAGGUACCUGCUUGAGUGGAAAUGGUGGAUCGGCAUGGGACUCAUGGUUCUUGGAGAGGUCUGUAACUUUGUGGCAUUCACGUUUGCCCCGGCCACACUCGUCACCCCGCUCGGAGCCUUAAGUGUCAUCUUUAGUGCUAUACUUGCCUCAUAUUUCCUGAAGGAGCGCCUGAACCUUCUCGGGAAACUGGGCUGCCUUCUGUGUAUUCUGGGCUCCACUGUGAUGGUCAUACACUCCCCUAAAAACUCUGAGAUCAAAACCAUGGAGGAACUUCUACACAAAGUACAGCAGCCAGCUAUCCUGACAUUGGUUGGAGUGUUUAUCAUCGCAGCCAUCAUUGGGAUUGUAUUCCUUGCCCCACGGUGGGGCCAAACCAAUGUGGUGGUCUAUGUGUUCAUAUGCUCCACCCUGGGGGCACUGACUGUCACUGGAGCUAAGGGGAUGGGGGUCGCCCUCAAGCAGACUUUUGAGGGAGAGCAACAGUUUACUAACUGGCUCACUUACGUUAUGUUGGCUGUUGUGGCCGUGAACAUAUUGUUUCAGAUUAAUUUUCUGAAUAAAGCAUUAGAUACAUUCAAUACUGCUGUGGUUACACCGACGUAUUACGUGUUAUUUAAUUCCGCUGUUGCAAUAGUCACUUUGACACUCUUUCAGGAGUUUAAUCAGUUGACAGUUUACGAUAUCAUUGGCGAAAUAAUUGGAUUUUUCGUUAUAGUCGUUGGUAUAUUCGUACUCAAUGCGUUUAAAGACAUGGAUAUAUCAUUGCGUAAUUUACCGAAAGCAAAGAAAGCUGGUCAAGAAAUUGAUAUCAACGACGGCACAAAAAUGCCCGUCUUGAAGAAAGACAACGAUCUUGUUCUUGAAAUCAGGGAAAACGAAAGUGAAGACGAAAAUGACUCGCUACUAUUGGAAUGCCACGAUAGUCCUGUGUAUGUUGAUGAUGACCACUUAGAGAUUGGGGAGGUUGCGUUCAAAAUGCCAAAACGUUUCUUCAGUAAUGGGCAUCUUAAGGCCAACGGUCAUGUUAAUAAACUUGAUAUAGAAGAUGACAAGCAUUUUAAUAAUGAAGUCACUCAUUUCUGAUCUGUGAUAUAAUGUUGCAAUGUUAAAUAUCAGUAUAUUUAUUGAUUUGUUUUUGUAUUUCUAGGUAGAAUAUGUUUAUUAUUUCCAAAUAGGGUAUUAUUAGAUUUAUUUUGUUCAGUUUUGUCUUUUGUUAUUGUAUAAACAUUUUAUAUUUCUGGAUAUUAUUUGUUAAUUUUACUGAAGUUUAAACCUUAACAAAUGACCUUUUUAAACUAUAUGAAAAGAGAUUACCAAAAUGUUUUUAUUUUAUUUCCUACUCCGUUUUCCAAGACAAGCAGUCUUUGAUGUUGAAGCACGUCAGUGUCCAAAAAGGAACACGCAUUUCUAUGAUAUUAUUUGUAUAUUUUUUAUUUGAUCAAGCUGUGUCUGUAUACAUAGCAGUUUAUUAUUCAUGGCUUCUAUUUACCAUUCAGUUAAUUAAGAUCAUCCAUACCUGACUGGUAUUAUGUGUAGCUGUUUGCUCUUGGGUGGAAGAUUCAGAUAUGUUCAGUGAUAUAAUGUAUAACUUUAAAAACAAAGUAUUCUCUUGAUGCUAUGUAUCAAUAUUGUUUUGGCAAAAGGCCAGUUUUUUAUGAGAAAAACAAUAAUUUAUAAAUACUACAUACACAUAUAAUGGAAAGAAAAGGGUAAGAAGAGGAAAAUAGAAUGCACGGCUACAGUGUAAAGAUUUUAUGACUACAGUUUCAGAGUAUAUAUGUUAUGUCGGUUUCAGAUUAUGUAUAUUAUGACUACAGUUUCAGAGUAAAGAUAUUAUGACUACAGUUUCAGUUUAUAUAUGUUAUGGCAGUUCAGAGUAUGUAUGUUAUGACUACAGUUUCAGAGUAUGUAUGUUAUGACUACAGUUUCAGAGUAAAGAUGUUAAGACUACAGUUUCAGAGUAAAGAUGUUAAGUCUACAGUUUCAAAGUAAAGAUGUUAAGUCUACAGUUUCAGAGUAUAAAUUUUAUGACUACAGUUUCAGAGUAUGUAUGUUAAGUCUACAGUUUCAGAGUAAAGAUGUUUAGUCUACAGUUUUAGAGUAAAGAUGUUAAGUCUACAGUUUUAGAGUAAAGAUGUUAAGUCUACAGUUUCAAAGUAAAGAUGUUAAGUCUACAGUUUCAGAGUAUAAAUUUUAUGACUACAGUUUCAGAGUAUGUAUGUUAAGUCUACAGUUUCAGAGUAAAGAUGUUAAGUCUACAGUUUCAGAGUAUAACUUUUAUGACUACAGUUUUAGAGUAAAGAUGUUAAGUCUACAGUUUCAGAGUAAAGAUGUUUACUCUACAGUUUCAGAAUAAAGAUGUUAAGUCUACAGUUUCAGAGUAUAAAUUGUAUGACUACAGUUUCAGAGUAAAGCUGUUAAGUCUACAGUUUAAGACAGUAAAGCUGUUAUGACUACAGUUUCAGAGUAUAAAUUGCAUGACUACAGUUUCAGAGUAAAGAUGUUAAGACUACAGUUUAAGACAGUAAAGCUGUUAUGACUACAGUUUCAGAGUAUAAAUUGUUUGACUACAGUUUCAGAGUAUAAAUUGCAUGACUACGGUUUAAGAGUAAAGCUGUUAUGACUACAGUUUAAGACAGUAAAGCUGUUAUGACUACAGUUUCAGAGUAUAAAUUUUAUUACUACAGUUUAAGACGGUAAAGCUGUUAUGACUACAGUUUUAAAGUAUGGAUGUUUGCAUACAGUAUCAGAGUACAGAUGUCCUGACUACAGUACCAGAGUAAAGAUGUUAUGGCUCAAUAUAAGAGUAAAGCUGUUAUGACUACAGUUUAAGAGUAUGAAUGUUUGACUAUAGUUUCAGGGUAUAGAUGUUAUGACUUCAGUUUCAGCGUAUUUUUAUUUUGUCACAUCAGUCAUAUUGUUUGUUAAUGUUUUAUUUAUGAAGUCUCAGAUAGCUGCCAUCUCAUUGUAGAUCAUGAUACUCUAUUUGUGGAGUUUAAAAUUUUGUAUACGUUUUCUAGUUAUUGUUUAAGUAUAAAUCUUUGAAUAAAACAGAGAAAAGAGUUA